AUGGAGGUGCUGGGAAGUUUUAAACACUUUGUCUGGAAUGCUUUGAAUAAUGCCUUACCGACAAGUAUUAAUCUGUUCAAAAGGAAAGUGAUUGAGGAUCCUCUUUGCCCGAUCUGUAGAAGAGAAGAGGAGGAUGUUAAGCAUGUUUUGUGGUGCUGUCCUGCGGCUGCUGACGUGUGGGCUGAAGCUGAAAGCCCGGUGAGGAAGUGGAGGAACCAGGUGCAAGAUUUCACAAGUUUGUGGAUGGAAUUGAUAAAAAAGCUCUCAAAGGAUUGUUUGGAAAGAGUUGUUGCCAUCAUGAGGGGUAUUUGGGGGAGGAGAAAUGCUUUUAUCUUUGAAAAGGUGUUUGGUAGUCCUGGUAAAGUGGUGAGAUUGGCAUUGGUGUCCUUAGAGGAGCAUCAGGAGGCUAACAAUAGAAGGGAGGAAGGGCAGUCAAACAGGGAAGGGAAUAGGAUGGACAGAAGAUGGAAGAGACCCAUGCCAAGAAUAUACAAGUUGAAUUUUGAUGUUGUGGUUGAUCUAAAGAAUAGGAGGAUAGGCAUAGGAAUUGUUAUUAGGGACAGCAAUGGAGAGGUUAUGGUCACAGUCUGCUCCAGGAAGGAUCAUGUUAUUUCCCCUUUUAUUGCCGAGUGCUAG